AUGGUGUGCGAUGGUGGCGCCAUGUUGUGCCUGGAGUCGCUGAUGGCGCGGUGGCGCGAGCGCAGCGCCAGGGAGGGGGAGAGGCGCGCGCGCUCGCGCAGCCUCUGCUCCUCGGGGGCGGAUGGCAGCCUGCUGCAGCUACUGCAUAGAAGAGCCAGCAGCGCUAUACAUCCUGAUUCAAUAUGCUCCAACAUUUCCUACUCCCCUGGUAAUGGUGACCACUGA